UCACAUGUCAAAGAUCCCUUCUAUGGCUAUGAGUACAUCGCUCGUUUGUGCGCGCGGUUCAUUACCCAUUUAUUUGCCUGUCCCGAAUAUCCUCCCACAUCCACACAGUCACAGGCGAAGCUGCCCCACUUCAUUGCUUAUGCUUUCCACCGCACCAAGUUACACGAAUCCGUGACCUUUGCUGCUCUUGCCCUUCUUCAGCGUCUGAAGGCCCGCUUUCCCACUGCCCGCGGUUCUUCAGGUCACCGUUUAUUCAUAUCUGCCUUCAUGAUCGCAUCCAAAGUAAUUUGCGAUGACACAUAUUCCAACAAAUCCUGGAGUAUCGUCGCUCAGGGGAUGUUUACUUUACGAGAAAUCAACCAGAUGGAACGAGAGAUGUGUAAUUAUCUUGAUUGGGAGCUCACGGUCGAUAAUCCGAUUCUUGCUGAUUUCACGACUAUGGUUAAAGAAGACUUUUCAUCUUCUCAAGGACCAUAUCCUACCUAUCCGCUCAAAGUUGUUUCGAAGCGUGCCGCAAAGGCUGCUUCGACUUCGACGAAAAGUACUCCAAUUCCCGAGCACAAUUCUACGACCUCACCCAUUCCUAUCGGUCACCCAUCUUCUCCUAGAAAGCCUCCACAAUCUCUGGUACCUCCUCGGAAAGGCUCCCCCACCAUUGACAUGUCUCCCGAUACCCCUGCAUCCAGUUAUUCGGAUACAACAUCUCCUGCGACAUCUUCCUCGCCACAAACCCCCAUCGGAGACGAAGAUUUCUCUGCCAAAAUACGCGACAAUGAUUAUCCUCUGGGAUUUUCGAUCACUGAAAAACACAUGGGUGCCGCGUUGAAGAGCAAAACUUUUGCUUUCGCUGUACCUGCCGUCUGGUAG